UGUUGACUAGUUGUUUACAGUUGACAAAUCCGUGGUUGAGGUUUUCUUUUCAAUGAAAAAGUAUUUGAGUGUAAUUAGCUAUAUCACGAAUUUGAGACUGCCACUAACAGUUUAUUUUAUAUGACAUUUACUGUUAAAUUAACCUUAACAAGCUUAUAUUUCCGUUUCCUGUCGGCAGUCAGUUUCGAGGAGUUCGUGCUAUUGACGUUAACACGCACUGAAACAUGGCUGGGAGACGAGUUGCACUGAAGACCAUAGACUGGGUGGCUUUUGCAGAGAGGGUGCCCCCCAACCAGAGGACCAUGUUUAAUAACCUGAAGACACGAAGUGAUGCUGUUGCUGCAAAGCUCACCUCUCUGCCAGAGAAACCCACUGCAAUCGACUGGAGCUACUACAGAUCUGCUGUGAAUAAAGCAGGCAUGGUGGAGGAAUUUGAGAAGAAGUUCAGCGGCCUGAAGGUUCCUGAGCCUGUAGACACUCAGACAGCUCUUAUCAAUGCACAGGAGGCAGAAGCGAACACAACAGCUGCUGCCUACAUUGAAGCAUCCAAAGGUCGUAUUGCCCAGUAUGAGAAAGAGCUGGACAAAUUCCGGAACAUGAUUCCCUUCGACCAGAUGACCAUCGAAGACCUGAACGACACUUUCCCAGAAACAAAGCUGGACAAAGAGAAACAUCCUUACUGGCCACACAAACCCAUUGCUGAACUGUAAACAUAUCUGCUCUGACCAUAUUCUAUAUAUAAUGUAUCUUCUGCUGAGGAAGACCUGUACAGUAUGUGUAUUAAAUUCUUGUUUCAUCCAUUCAGGAGUCUAGU